AUGUUUCCAUUUUUCUCAUGUGAUUCAUGUUUGAUUGCUCUGACACCCUUCAUUGUGUGGUACUCAGUAUUUGUUUACAAGAAGCUUAAUAGUCGUCUGUAUGCAUACCUCAGAGUAUACUGGAUAGGUAAAUCGACACAAUCACGAACACGAAUCAUUAGCCAGCUACUGAUUGCUAAAAUGGACAAGACGAAUGACAUGAUACGAACGCCGGUCAUCGGUAACGACACUAAGGACCAUCAGCACGUCCAUCUUCUCAACACCAAGCCUCCGUUGUUGGCAGGGUUUCGAAAGAAGCUGAGUCAGAGCCCUCGAUCCUCCACGUUGGCGAUUUCUCCAGCAGUACACCAAUACAACUCGCAUGGCUUUGAUACCGACACUAGCUUUGAAUCACCUGUUGGUGGCGCUCCAGGAGGUGGAGAUUCGCUGUUCAUGUCGCCAGAUCGAGACUCCUCAUCUAAGAGUGGGUCGGCUUCCAAGGAGUCUGGAAAACAGAACAUCUCACAGGCUGAGCGUCUGAGACUGUGGAGACAUGACGCCUAUCUUCAGCAUCAUUACAAGACUGCAGAGUUCAUCGGAGACAAGGUGCUGAGUCUUACUAAGGACCCCAAUGAUGCGUUCUGGCUUGCUCAAGUACAUUACUCAACAGGUCAAUAUGCUAGAGCACGCCAACUCCUAUCGGAAGACCGGCUGUCAGAAAGUGUGUCAUGCCGCUACUUGGCGGCUCUGUGUCUAACCAAGAUGGAGAGAUGGGAGGAGGCCCUGCAAUUGGUGGGUGACUCUAACCCGUUCACUUCUAGUGUGUUUCACAGCGUGAAGAGCCAGGACCACGGGAUUAAGUUGGAGGCUUCUAUGUGCUACUUGCGUGGCCAAAUUUACUCUAACCAAAAUUGUUUCGACAAGGCUCGAGACUGCUACAGAGAGGCUGUGUUGGUGGACCCCAAGUGCUUCGAGGCGUUUGAUGAACUCGUCUCCAACCAUCUCCUGUCACCUGAGGAGGAGUGGGAUCUGUUGACCAGUCUGCAAUUCAACGAGCUCGACGACAAUGCUGACUUCGUCAAGUCCCUCUACACCAUCAGAAUCAGCAAAUACCUGCAUUCCGACAAGAUCACCGAUGCCGAGGCCCUGCUGGCAGAGGACUACUCAUUGGACGCCAACGGCGAUAUUCUACAAAGCCGGGCUGAUCUACUCUUUCUUCAAUGCGCCUUUUCCGAAUGCAUGGCUGUCUGCGAGAAGAUCAUGGCUCUGGACGCCUACAAGCUGGCAGCCCUGCCCAACUACGUCGCGUGUUUGCAUGAACUGGGCGGGAAAAACAAACUGUUCUUAGUGGCGCACCAAAUGGCCGAUCAGCAUCCCGAUGAGCCGGUUACCUGGCUCUCGGUCGCCAUGUAUUAUCUCUCUACUAACCGCAUUUCUCUAGCUAGAAGAUAUUUUUCCAAGGCGUCCAUGAUGUCCCCCAACUUUGUGCAGGCUUGGAUUGGCUUCGCACACACAUUUGCCAUCGAGGGCGAGCACGAACAAGCCAUCAGUGCUUACUCCACCGCAGCAAGACUGUUCCUGGGUUCCCAUUUACCCUCUCUCUACUUAGGCAUGCAGCAUCUUCAUCUGAACAACUUUAAUUUGGCUGAGGAGUACCUGGAAUCGUCGUUCAACAUUUGCAAAUCGGAUCCUCUGCUGCUCAACGAGAUUGGAGUAACACAUUACCACAAGUCCAACUUCUCGCGUGCGGAGGCAUUCUUCCUGGACGCGCUCCGGGCCUCGGAAGUGAUCAAAAGCGAACCUCAGGCUUGGCUCUCCAUUCAUGCCAAUCUGGGCCACGUGUAUAGACGUACUCGUCAGUUUGCCAAGAGUUUGGAGCAUUUCGAGGACGUGCUGUGCUCAAAUCCUACAGAUCAUAAUGUCCAGUCUGCAGUAGGAUUGGUGCAUCUUCAAAUGGGCAAUAUCUCCGAGGCAAUCAACUACUUCCACAAGGCGCUCUCUAUUGUUCCUGCUGAUCCUGUGGCCACCGAUCUUCUUGGACGAGCAAUGGAAGAGAACGUCAAGAGAGGUAUUGGUGUGCUUGCCCCCUCGUCUCCCGAUGUUAGCCGAAUCAAUACUAGCAAUAUUAUCAUUCCCGGAGGUACCCCCAAGCCUCUCGUUUUUCCAGAUCCAGAUGCUCCUUCUUCCCCAUCCAUGUUCUACAAUGAUGAUUCCCACGCAAGCAUGGACAUAUCAGAAUGA